CGCCCUCCUCCCCGCCGUUUUCUGCUCAUGCCUGAGCUUGUGCUAGGCCUCCGAUUUUCCGUGGGCACACGAUAGUGGUAGAGCGGGUAUGGCAUGUGCGAGCACGGGUCGUGACCCUAAUUUAGGAGCGUCGAUCUGAAUCCACUAACUUGAGCCCAACUGGGUGCGUGGAGAGAGCUUGUGCGAAGGUUGUACGAGAUGAAAGGCACGGACGGCAACGAGCGUUGGGCGAAGCCUGGUCAGAGUAGUUGUCGCGUGAUGCUGACACUGACGCCCGUCCAAUGUGAUAAGUGACGUGGAUUUAUAGUUGCGCCGCGUCGUCGCCGUCGCCUCACGGGGUUCCGCUUCAGCACGGGUCCAGUCGGCUCCAAAGCGCCGUCACGGCGCAGGGUUGCUCGCGCGGAUCGCAGACGCAGAACCUUCUGCUCUUGUGCUCUCGAGCAAAACCCCACCUUUCUGGUGAUUGACAAAGCGGAUAAAGCCGUCCGCGGCUGUGGGAACCAUGUGGAACGGCGAGGAGGAGGAAGACGACAAAGUGUGCCACACGCGCGCGGAGUACCGGGCGGGGAACCGCGAGAGGGCAGUGCGCGUUUACACUGUUAACGAUGAAUCGAGGUGCCUGAUGGUGCGCAACGUGCCGGCUCUAGGGUGUGCAGACGACCUCAUUCGGCUGUUCGCCGCCCAUGGACCCAUCCACCAGCACCGCAUGAUGGAUGAGGAGGAUGCAGCGCCGUUCACUGACGUUGUGUGGAUCAAAUUCGCCCACAUCAACCAUGCGAGAUUUGCAAAGAGGAAGCUGGACGACUACCCAUUCAUGGGCAGCGCAUUGGAAGUUUCGUACCUGCCCGGGCAUGAGGCGAUGGAGGACACGUGGGCGAAGCUGGAGGAGAGACGGCGAAUCGUGGCCGUCCGAUGCCGACGGCUGGCGGAGGAGCAAGCGGGCACGCAGAGAGAUGGGCGGCAGGAUGACGGCAGGGCAGACGCAAACCACAGAGAGGCGCAUGGGGGGAUGGGUGACGGUGCACAUGCACCAACAUCAGCAUCAGCAUCAGCAUCAAAAUCAACAUCAGCAUCAGCAGCAGCCGCAUGUGCCGGCACGAUCCCUUCCCUCGCACCGCUUCCACCUGCGCGUCCCCCACUGCGGGCAGCACCGACGCAUUUCCCUCCCGGCAUCCCUCCAUUCUGUCAACACACAUGUCCGCAGCUCGCCCAGCCACAUCAGCAGCCCUGUCAGCCACAUCAGCAGCUCUGCCAUCCACGUCAGCAGCCACCUCCCAGUCCUUUCCAGCAUCCAGAGAUCUCCGGUCGUGCGUUCCCCCUCCCUGUCAGCCUGGCACAGGGUCCAGCGCAGGCCACGAGGCAUGGCCAUGGCAGCAUGGACAGUGCUGGCAACUCCCUUGUGGAGAACACCAGCCUUGGCAACUCCAGCAACGACCCGCCCUGCAGCAGCGAGCAGCCGUGCGGCAGCACGCGCCCCUCCCGCCCUGCGCAGUACUCGAGUGUUCCCUCCAUGGACGCCACCGCGGCUCUCGUGCGCUCCCGCCUCACUGCACUGCACCCACCAGCUGAAGCCAGCCUGGCCACGACUAUUGCUCUGAGCCCUUCAUCACAGCAAGGUGCCGCCAGCAGCCAAGGCCCGGGCAGCACGGGAGACUCGCAUGCCAGGGAGGCAGCUGGGCAUUGUGGCGCUAGUGGGUGUGCUCAAGGCACAGCAGCAGGAAGGGAUCUGGCAAGUCAUGAUGCUAGGAUAGUCGCUCCUCAGCCGCAUGUGCAAUGUGUACCUGGUGAUAAUGCAACCGGAAAUGCGGGUGUAGCACAGCCUACUAAGAAGAAGCGUAGACGUAUCUAGGUUAGGUUGCAUAUGGUAAGCCUGCAUAAGCAUCCAACUUUUGUAAGUGGUUACGCUUUC